GCUCACGCGAGAUGGAAAGCCCACUACGAAAUCCAUCUUUCGUGCAGGUUUUGCUACACUUGUAAAGAACGAGGAGCCCCCAUGCUUCACUGAAAGAGUACAUCCAGAACUUGAUCGACACAUACGGGCUAGCCGUGUAUAACAUCAAAUGCGUUUCUUAAUCCGAGACCUGUCAAAUCGAUCAGAUAGUCUUGUUGACCCCGGCCGUCUCAGAACCCAUUCCUCCAUCGCCCACUGUACCUUCACGCAUCUUGGGGCCGCUAUCUUUCUAGUCCGCGACGCAGCCUAUACACACUCGCCUGCGGGCGGCCAGGGCAUGAACAUGGUCAUGAGGGAUGCGAUCUUCCAUGCACAAGCUAUGACAAAGCACGUUCAAGCAUCUGCAGGGAUUUCGAUAUUGGUGAUAGGAAUUUGCGGACGCGCGUCAUGCGCGAGGCUAGAAGUCAUUGGCUUUACCAAGCCACUCUUGAAAUACACAAGCCUUAUGUACGUAUAACUCAUUCGCUUAGUGGAUGUCGUUCAGUUGGGCCUUUAUCCGCGAUCGGAUGCUAAGGCUAUUGGGUGGGUGUGAUUUCGUGCAGCCGAAGGUUGCCUGGGGCCUGAGUGGGCCUGGAGGAUGGUAAUCGCGGAUCUCUUGGGCAGCUAAUUUUAUAUACCAUAAUUCACGACAUUCGUAUUUCUUUUUUCACAGUUAGGAGUAGA